AUGUAUUUUUUAGGUAUAUCUAGGAAAACUUGUCUUCGUCAUCGAUGCUGGUAUAAAAGAAUGUCAGCAGAAGAAACCUGCAGGUGGUGAAGACUUUUUGAGGGAUGCAAUCAGCAUGCUCAAUCUAAUGAAGCGACUGCAUAAUAUACUAGAACUGAGUAGGCUGAAACUCGAAAGUAGCAUUCCAAUAAUCGGUGCCCUUUGCGAGGAGCUGCAUUCAGGGUGGCCUGCAAUGGUGCCUUUUCUGCGUGAGCAACGUUAUUUGGAAAAAGAUGAAAACCAUGUAUCCGAGGAACCCUGUGACCACUGUGGUGUGAAAAAGAGUAGAUGUAAGGGUGAGAAAUGUAGAAAGGGCAAGAAGCCAACUUCAGAAGCUACUGGUAAUCCCAAACCCCAAAGCAACAAUAAAUCUAAGAAAAAACAAGAGUGGAGGCCAAAAUCGAAAGUAGAAAAAGAUGAAACCCAUAUAUCCUAGGAAUCCGAUCACCAUUGUUGUGUGAAAGAGAGUAUAUGUAAGGGUGAGAAAUGUAGCAAGGGCAAGAAGCCAACUUCAGAAGCUACUGUCAAUCCCAAACACCAAGCCAAUAAUAAAUCUAAGG